AUGCCGUACACGACUCUCCUGGGUCGUAUUGCCAGGGUUUGUCUUGUGGGACAGGACAUCUGGCGGUCUCAGACAUGGCUCAUCUGCGGUGAUGUCGUUGCGCCACACAACCCCAGUAGGGUAUUUCGCCAAUUUGGUUAUCACCAAGUGAUACCCGGUGACGCAUUGCUUCUCACUGCGGGGGAAAUUACUAGCUUGCUCAAGAGGAAGCCGUUUGGAGGAUCCGAUAGGAGAUGGAUACAACAACUAGGGAUAUAUCUCCAGGUUUGGAAUGAUCACCACCGAAGAUUUGUCGGGACUGAUGAUGAUCAUGUUGGCGAGCCUACAGCAGAUCCGAAGUAUCUCUUGUGGUACCAUCAGGUUACUGUAAAGUAUGUUACGGAUCUGACGGACUCUGAAAAUGCAAGGGGUUUUCACGGCUCUGCAGAGACCUUGCGCCUCAUGGCCACAUUGAUGGAGGACGUUCGUAGUCUGAGUAUUAUAGGCCAGCGUACUUUCGACAAGGACUCCUUUGGUUAUGAUCGCUUAGGCGAGAUUGUCCAGGUUGCUAAGCGGGCGUUGUCCGUCAAUGCAACAAAUGUUGUACGUCACGAUCCCGAGAGGCAGGUUGAGCAUUCAUCCCAUCAGUCACCACAUUCUCCACAUCAUUCACCCCAUCAGUCUCCACAUCAGUCUCCACAUCAUUCUUCGCCGACCCAACAGGCGUUUUACAGUCCCAUUAUGUCUCCCCAGCACCAGCAGUCCCAUUUUGCCUUCACUCAGUUUUCCUCCCCUCAGACUUCUCAGCCUCGGUUUGGAGAUGCUUUUAUUGACUUUUCUGGGUUCCAGCAGAGUUCUCUAGAUGACCAGUCGAUACAUUACACGAGUAACUUUCUUUCGAGUAUGAUCGAGGGUGUUGUGGGUCAGCAUCAGGCUGAUGACCCAGCUGGAGGUAAGGAUGCAGAUGAGGAUGAGGAUGAGGAUGAGGAUGAGGACGAGGAUGAGGAUGAGGCUGAGGAUGCAGACCAGCAGGAUCAGUUUGAGGGCCAGGGUUAUCAGCGCCAUUAG